AUGAUUUCAUAUAGUUAAUAAACAGGAUUGGGAAAUAUGGGAAACACUUGCUUUAUGAAUAGCGCCAUCCAAAUUUUAUGCAAUACUCCAGGUUUCACAGAUUACAUUUUAAAUGAUAUUUAUUAAUUUGAUAUAAACUUAAUAAAUCCAUUAGGAAGUAGAGGCGAGAUUAUUUCAAGUUUUGCUGCUCUAAUCAAGGAAUUAAAAAGUAGAAAACAACCUUACAUCAUUCCGAAUUUAUUUAAAAAAACAUUCUCUAAAUUUUAUAAUAUUCAGUAUUAUGGGAAUGACUAACACGAUGCAGCAGAAUUUUUAUUGUAAUUACUUGAUGCAAUUAACGAAGAUGUAAACUUAAUUAAAAAGAAACCCUAUUUGACAAUACCUUCAAGUAAAGGCAGAGAGGACUUAGUAGUAGCAAUAGAAUCCUGGGAUGUUCAUAGUCAAAGAAAUUAAUCUAUUAUUACACAAUUAUUCUAAGCAUAAUUCAAAAGCAAAAUCGAAUGUCCUAAUUGUAAAAAUAUGUCCAUCACAUUUGAUCCAUAUAUGAUGAUAUCAUUGCCAUUGGCUACAAAGAAAAACGAAAAAGGCAUAGUCUAUUAUUUAUUAGAUGAGAAAUUCAGGUAGAAAUAAAUGACUCUCUCUGUCUAUAAAAAUUAUAAUUUUGAAUGGAUUUAAAAUGAAAUCAGGAACCAACUUAGAACUUAAGAUUUGGUUUUCAAUUUAUCAAAUUAACAAAAGAAUAUUGAAAUCCGACCAGAAGAUGACAUUCAAUAUUUGAAGCAAUAACUCUAAAAUUCAAAAUUAUUUGUUAGACCUAUGAAUAUCCAAGAAAUAUAAGUGCCUUAUAAUUAUAGAUGCCAUACUCUCAUAACUCAUGUAAACCAGGAAUUCUAAAUCUUAACAGACAUAACAACUAUUGUUUUCGAUUUCAGAACUAAAAUAUUUGAAAUCUACGACCAUAUUGAGAAAAAUUACAAUCAUUAAUUUAAAUGCUAAUUCGACUUAUUUUUGGAAUCAAAUUCUCAAGAAACAGAAUAAUAAUGUUACUUUUGUCAUAAAUAAUAUUGUAAGUAUUGUGAAUUAAAGAAAUGUUAACACAGUUUAAAAUAUUAUAAUAAUUGUAUUUCUCAACCAGGCUUUUAAUUGAAUUUUAUCAUUAAAUGGUAUGGAUAAGGAGUUCCAAUUAUAUUUAAUAAAGAAAUCUCAAAUUAAAAAUUAUAAGAAAAUAACGAGUAAUUUUCUGUUAAUAAAUCUUCGCUAACUAUUUAUGACUGUUUAAACUUUUCAUAAUAACAAUAAUAAUUAGAUGAAAAUAAUUCAUGGUUUUGCAAUCAAUGCGAUUAACAUGUCAAAGGAAUUAAGUAGCUCUUAUUGUAUUCUACACCUCAAAUAUUGAUAUUUUAACUCAAAAGAUUUAAAUCAUCAGAUGAUGUUACUUAAAAAAUAAAAAACAACAUGCUUGUCAAAUUUCCAUUCAUACUUAAUAUGGCUAAAUAUGUCACAAAUUUAAAUUUGCCAAAUGACUAUUUAAAAGGUCAUGAUAUAAGUGAAUUAAAGUAUAAACUAUUUGGAGUCAUUAACCAUUAUGGAGAACUUUAGGAGGGCCAUUAUAAUUCCUUCAUUAAAAAUUUAGAGGAUUAGAAAUGGUAUUGCUAUGAUGAUUCUCAAGUCACAGAAAUUUAAUUGCAAGAUAUUAUAACUGAGCAUGCUUACGUAAUAUGCUAUGAAAGACAAAAUUGA